AUGUCACUCACUAUAUAUUUUUCUGAAACACUUAACCCACCCAUUGGUCUUCCCGGAAAGGCGGACUCUCUUUCUUUCUCAAAACCAACCAAUCUGACCCGGGAACUUUUGACCAUCAUUGUCAUCAUCACUCAUUAUUUUAUCAGACAAAACCCCCCGAGAAAAAUUCACCACUUCGGAGCCGGGAACUUCGACUUUUGCCCUACCGGACUGUACAAAUCUACGGAACAUUCAUUCCUUUUUUUUUCUCUCUCAUACCUUUGGGUCGUCCACCCUUUCGGUGCCCGACACUCUUCGUUUCCACAUUCUCAAAACUGCCACAGCCUAGGGCGUGGACAAUUCGUCGUCACCAUGGAAAACCUACGAAGAUACAUUCACUCAGACACUCCUUCACUCGUUCAACCCAUUCUGACACUCUUUUGA